UCAUAUGCGACCCUCAGUCAUUGCUGGGGCACAGUCCAACCAAUCCGGUUACUUCGAAGUAAAGUCGAGCAAUUCAAGGGUGGAAUCAACAUGAGCGACUUACCCAGGGCGUUCCGUGAGGCCGUUGUCGCAGCCAGGAACCUCGGCGUCCUUUACAUAUGGAUCGACUCGCUCUGCAUCAUGCAGGACCAAGACGACCCCCGCGACUGGAAUCAAGAGGCGUCACUCAUGCACAAGGUCUACUCCAACGCCGUUUGUAAUACCGCAGCUUCCGACGCCGCAGACGGCUCUGAAGGACUCUUCCGCACUCGAGACCCGCGAGCUCAGCGCAGUCGCGCGAGCUUAUGGAUAACCGGCCUCGACAACGAGUACGACAACACGUGGAUUCCUGUCACAGUCGUGCACAAAGCCCUGUGGGAAAAAAACGUCACUUUUUCGCGGCUGAACCGCCGUGGCUGGGUAUUUCAGGAACGCAUUCUGUCGCCACGCAUCUUGCACUUUGGCAAGGCCCAGGUUUUCUGGGAGUGUCGCGAGCUCGAGGCCACAGAGUUCUACCCAGAUGAGUGGCCGAUCACACGUGAAUUGCACGAGCCUGACACUCUUUUGAAGGCACUCGACCUGCAACACUACCUGGCGCAGCUGCCGCCAAGUAUGUCUAUGACACUCGAGGACGCACGGGCUGCCUUGUACGCUGGCAUGGUUGAGCUGUACACUACACGCACGCUCACGCAUCCCAGCGACAGGCUCAUCGCGUUCUCGGGCAUCGCGCAGCACCUCGAGGCCAUGUUCGGGGACGAGUUUGUCGCUGGCUUGUGGCGUUCACAGAUCGCGGGCGAUCUGCGUUGGUCCACAGUGGUUGACGAUGACAAGCCAAGACAUCGACCGCUGCGGUACCGCGCUCCGUCGUGGUCGUGGGCCGCGGUCGACGGGCCCGUU